CACAACGUGAGAGCUGCACAGACCUUUGUCGUGCAAAGUUCACUCUCUUGGCAGGGUAAACACUUUUUGGGUAAUCAGCCAAGCAGACCGACAGUUAUCUCAGAGCAAAAAAUUGGCACAAGGGGGGAGAACAUAAAGACGGGCGCUUCCAACAUGGCGCUAAAAACUGAAGAAAGUCGCGUGUAUUUCACCAAAAACUCAACAGGAAGCGGCGUCGGCUGGCUGAAAGAGCCAGACCAUGCAGGCUCAAACAAUUACAGCUCCGGACUUAUUCCGCAAGCGUGUGACAUGGAAAACCAGUGGUGUCAGACAGCUGCUGCUCCUCAGGAGGAGUUGUUAAACGCUGACUGCCGUGUGGGCGACAGUCGCUCCUUUUCUGCCUGCGCCACAAUCUCAGAAACAGCCAGGGAGCUCUGCAAAGCGGUGUCCGUGUCCCUGGGACUGGCCACGGAGAGCCCCGACACCGGCGACAUGGACGCUGCUGCGCUCCAGCCGCCAUGCGCAACUGACCCAAUGCAAGGAGAGUAUUUUUUCGGAGCUCAGGGUGCAGCACUGGACCGGGACGAGGGACCCCUGCAACUGGUGGAGAUGUUCAAAAGUUCCGAGAGCGCCGCGCGUCUGCAGCACCUCACCUCCACUCGGACAUCUGCGGACGAGCAGAACUUCCCGCUGUGCGAGGCUGAUGACAUAACCUCAGAGGAGAUAGAUCAUCUGGACACAGCGCGUGCAGCCCCUUGCCCUUACGCCCUAUCCGCGCCAGGCAACUUGGCACACUUCUGUCAGACGGCGACGGAGCGACCGUGCCGAAUCUACAAGCCCCCCGAGGACCAUGCGAGGCACUUCGGGGAAGUCAUGGAGAGCAAGUUCGGCGCUUAUCAGCCGGAACAAUACAGCGUCAAAGUGAAAUGUGAGGACGCGGAGCCCUCCGGGGCGUUGUGGGGCAGUAAUUACACCUUUAAUGACAAGUACAACACCCAGUGCUGGGGCUCGAGGCAGUGCAUGAACGCGCACAGCUCCGGGGCCGACACAGCCUUCAUAUGUAAUCCUUAUGAACGGAGCGCCGUGCGUCCGGAGCAGUGGUACCCGGCCGGGAUGCUGAGGACGCCGUAUCCCAACUCCAACUACGUGAAGACGGAAGUCGGUGAAUGGCUGGAUGUCGCAUACAAUGACACCAGGUUUGAGGCGGGCAGAGAGCACAUGUUCCCCAUGGAGUUCUUCUUCCCGCCCCAGAGAACCUGCUUGAUCUGUUCAGACGAGGCGUCUGGCUGCCAUUACGGCGCUCUCACCUGUGGCAGCUGCAAAGUUUUCUUCAAAAGAGCUGCAGAAGCAGGCAAACAGAAAUACCUGUGUGCAAGCAAGAACGACUGCACCAUCGAUAAGCUGAGAAGGAAGAACUGUCCAUCUUGUCGGCUGAGGAAGUGUUUUGAAGUUGGAAUGACUCUCGGAGCUCGUAAACUGAAGAAGAUUGGACAACAGAAAAAUCCUGAAGAGGAUCAUCCACUUCAGGACCCUUCAGAGGUCCAGAAGAUCUCUCCAAAAUCAGGCCUGAACUUCAACUCCCAUCAGGUCUUUCUCAACAUCCUGGAGUCCAUUGAGCCCGAGGUGGUGAACGCAGGCCACGACUACUGCCAGCCGGACUCGGCCGACACGCUGCUCACCAGCCUCAACGAGCUGGGAGAGCGACAACUGGUCAAAGUGGUCAAAUGGGCAAAAGGCUUGCCAGGUUUCAGAAAUCUCCAUGUGGACGACCAGAUGACCGUCAUCCAGCAGUCGUGGAUGGGGGUGAUGGUGUUCGCUCUGGCAUGGAGAUCCUAUAAGAAUGCCAAUGGCAGGAUGCUUUACUUCGCCCCAGAUCUUGUGUUCAAUGAACACCGGAUGCACGUUUCCACCAUGUACGAGCACUGCAUCCGGAUGAAACACAUCUCGCAGGAGUUCCUGCUGCUGCAGAUCACUCAGGAGGAGUUCCUCUGCAUGAAGGCCCUGCUCCUCUUCAGCAUCAUUCCAGUUGAGGGUCUGAAGAGUCAGGAGUACUUUGAUGAAUUACGUCUCACCUACAUCAACGAACUCGAUCGCAUCAUCAGCUAUCGGAUGGCCACCAACUGUCCUCAGAGGUUCUACCAGCUCACCCGACUCCUGGACUCCCUCCAGAUGACGGUAAAGAAGCUCCAUCAGUUCACCUUUGACCUUUUUGUUCAGGCCCAGUCGCUCCCCACCAAGGUCAGCUUUCCGGAGAUGAUCGGAGAAAUCAUCUCCGUUCACGUACCAAAGAUCCUGGCAGGUUUGGCUAAACCCAUCUUGUUUCACGAGUAGAAGGAUUUUUUUAUUUAUCAAAAAGUGACUCAUCCUUGCUGCCUCCAUAAACUUUAACGAAGCUACUGUUUCCCUACAUCUUCAGUCUAAUAGCUCUUAGCCCUGUCCUAUAAUCAUUAUUUUGUUUUUCAAGUUUUUUUUGUUCCUUUUAGCCAUAAUUGAGAUUGUUUGUUCAGAACUGUUAAAGCUUUUAUCUGAAGCGCUGCGAGGCAUCACCUGUUGACAGCUCUCCUAUUUCUGAGUGGAGUUUGUGUUUUCAGCCGGAGCAGAGAUGCUACUUUACAUACGCAGUGAGUCUGUAAAGAAGGAUUAAAAUAGGGUAAAAAAAACAGUUUGGAAGAUGCAUGUGACCUUCAUUUUAUCUUGAAUUGUUUCUUAAAUACAAAAAACCCCACAAGAGACGUCCCAAAAAGCACAAAUACUUGUUUCCUAACAACUUGUUCUGUUGUGUUGUGCUGCCUUCAGGGUCCGCCCAAGCUCCUACUUUGUGAAAUUGAGAGUGAUAAAUACAACUUUGGAGGCAUUUAAGUGCCUUAAAAUUAGAAAUGUAGGUCUCAGAUUUAUUUUUAAAAUGUAACUUUUAACAUAAUUUGUGUUAAACUCUUUUAAGAAAUGGGCAAAAUCCAUUGCUGUGACAAACAGUGUUCAAUGUGAAGUAGAAUAUUGGUUAAUAAUAUUUAAAUCCAAUUAUGUAAUUACAUAGUUUUUACUACCACUUUGACUACCAGGAUGCAAGAAAAUUCCCUCCCAGAUCUAUUUACUGCUCAUUAAAUGUGUUUUCUGACAGCAAUUAAAUGCACUGGUAGGCUAAAGUCUUUGUUUUUAGGUUUUUAUCCGACAGUAAAAAUAUAUGGUAACACUUUACAAUAACCAUCAUUUAUAGAUGGUAAAUAGACCAUUUAUAAAUGGUAAACAGAUAGUUUAUUAAUGUUUAAUCAUCUUUAUAAACCGUAUAUAGGCCAUUUAGAAUGGUGAAUAGAAAAUGUAAUAAUGUUGAACUAUAAUUUAUAAAUGCCAAAUAGAUUACUUUACCAUAAACAAACAUAAUUAUUAGUUUAUUAAUAGUUUUGCACUCAUUAUAACAUUUUUAACACCAUAUUAAGUAUGUAAAUUAUUUCAAAAUGAUUCUUAUACCUUUAAGAAAUUGCUUGAAAACAUUUAAAGAUUAAAUAUGUAUAGAAUUUUGUAAGUGGUUAAUAAUAAUUGGUUUAUAAACCAUCUAUAAACAUCACUUAGAUGGUUAUUGUAAAGUGUUACCAAAUAUAUAUGCAAGACUGUGUUCAUCCAGUAUUAAAUUAUUAUUAUUAUUAUUAUUAUUAUUAUUAUUAUUGAAGAUUAACCCUCUGAACCCCACCUUGUUUUCUUUAUGUAAUUGCCAAAAAUACACCUUUUAUCAUAAAAAGAAACUUUAAAAACAGGCAUUAUCUUUGACAGUCCUUGUAUGUUUCAUGUUUCCAUUUAAAAAAGUAAGUAAAAUGAAGCUCUAAAUUGUGAUAUUUGUGUUAAAAUAAACUGUUUGGAAUAACUAGAUCCUGUUAAAAACAUUGAUUUCUGCUCCUCAGAGACACUGUGAAGACAUGAUUGAUUCUGCUGAGACCAAAAAAAAUGUAAAACAUGUAAAAAAACAUGUAAAAAUGUAAAUAGUUCAAUA